ACAAUUGAUUCCCAGUGUCCAGUGUUGCAGUGAGACUGGCAGGUUCUCUGGGCAGGCUGCUCCCAGCUGCAUGUUGGAGCAGGUGUUCCCAGCCUGACUGCCUAGGCACACUCACCUGGCACCUCCCAGUUACCAAGGAGAGGACCAAACCAGCAAUGAAAACAGUUUGGACCAGGGUGUAACAAAGCACUGGGAAAGGUGGAGGAGGUCAAGACUUGGACUUGCCAAAAAUGGCUGAGUCGUCUUUUGAAGCUGCAAAGAGAGUCGGGGAGACUAGAUACCUGAUGCUGAAGGGAGAGUGGUCCUUAGCUGGUCCUUGCACGCCCUCCCCCGUUGUGGACAGGCUACCAUGUGCUCUCAGACCUGGUGAGCUUGGAGACCCGGGGCUGCCCAGCCGGUGUUCGACCCUGACCGGCGCGGGAACGUGGUCCUCCCCUUCCAGAGGAGCUGCUGGGACCCUGAGACUGGACAGAGCCCCAGUAAUCCCCGGGACCUGACCAAGGCCAUGACAGGCUGGCUGGAUGGCAGCGCCAUCUAUGGCUCCUCGCACUCAUGGAGCGACGUGCUGCGGAGCUUCUCCGGCAGGCAGCUGGCAUCGGGGCACGACCCUGCCUUCCCCCGCUACGCACAAAGCCCCCUACUCAUGUGGACGGCGCCCGAACCCACCACGGGACAGCGCGGGCCUGGGGGGCUGUACGCCUUCGGGGUGGAGCGAGGGAACCGCGACCCCUUCCUGCAGGCGCUGGGCCUGCUGUGGUGCUGCUACCACAACCUGUGCGCGCAGCGGCUGGCCCGCGGGCAACCGCAAUGCGGGGAGGAGGAGCUGUUCCAGCAGGCGCGCAAGAAGGUCAUCGCCACCUACCAGGUCAGUCACUUGGCCUCUCUCCGUCCUCCCUCCCCUCCUUCCUACCCCCCUCCCCCAGGCUGCUGCGCGGGAGACUCCGCUGCCCCGCAGAGCCCUCUUCCUGGAACAAGCAGCCCCCAGAAAGGCCCUUUUCCAGGAGGACACUGCUCCCCAGAACUGGAGCUAGCAUCUAGGAAUGGACCAUGAAAAUGAGGAGCAGGCAAAGGGCUAUUAUACAGGAGA